UAUCUGUCCCAUCCUGUAUUUAUGCAUAGUACUGCAUGUCUCUGUUUGCCACAAUGCCAUCUCAUUCCUCCUAUCUCUUCAUGGCUCGGCCUCUAUGGUUUCUUAGUUUAUGUUUCAUGAUUUCUUCAAGUAGUGCUCAGGGUCCACCUUCACCUGGCUACUACCCAAGUUCCAAAAUCAAUUCUAUAAGCUUCCUUCAAGGCUUUAGAAACCUCUGGGGUCCUCAGCAUCAGAGAGCUGACCAGGGCUCAAUAGCACUCUCGCUUGAUAGUAGCUCAGGAAGUGGUUUCAAGUCACUGCAUCCAUAUCGGUCUGGGUAUUUUGGUGCUGCCAUCAAGCUUCAACCUGGUUAUACUGCUGGGGUCAUUACUUCAUUUUAUCUUUCAAACAACGAAGACUUCCCUGGGAACCAUGAUGAAAUCGAUAUUGAGUUCCUUGGAACCACAACAGAUAAGCCAUAUACUUUGCAGACGAAUGUAUAUAUCACAGGAAGUGGAGACAGCAAUAUUAUUGGAAGAGAGAUGAGGUUUCAUCUCUGGUUUGAUCCAACCCAAGAUUAUCACAGAUAUGCUGUACUUUGGGGACCCAGUGAGAUAAUAUUCCUAGUGGAUGAUGUGCCAAUCAGGAGGUAUCCAAGAAAAAGCGAUUCCACAUUUCCACUAAGACCAAUGCAUGUGUACGGAUCGAUUUGGGAUGCAUCAUCCUGGGCAACUGAGGACGGAAAAUACAAAGCCGAUUAUCACUACCAACCCUUCAUUGGAAGGUACAAAGAUUUCAAGCUAGGCGGUUGUGCCGCUGAUGGGUAUUCAUCGUGCCCUCCACCGUCUGCUUCGCCGUAUAGCUCCGGCGGCCUGAGCCAACAGCAGUACUCGGCCAUGGCAUGGGUCCAGGGGAACUACAUGGUUUACAACUAUUGUCGGGAUCCAAAGAGGGACCACACCCUCACACCCGAGUGUUAGUCUGAAUAAAUUGUCUUUCUAAGGGUAACUAAUAAUAUAUAUAUAUAUAUAUAUA